CGCCAAGAGUCAGCCGCCGUUCGUCGGCACUUAGCUGUCAUUUAACGUUUUUACUAGUACCUACCGUUCUAAUUUCGUUCUACAAAACAUAGUUGUUUCACUGUAAUAUUAAGUGGCCGAUAUUGGUGAAUAUUUUAAAAUUAAUCAUGAUUUAUUCUAAUUGGCUUAGUAAGCUGCAGUCAUUUGUUUUAGUUACCUCUUCACUUGUAAUUUUUGUUCUCUCGGACGUCCCGCGGCCUCGCGGUGUUUCUCUAUCCAAAGCAUCACUUUAUUCACCUUCAAAGGAUUUUACAUGUUUUGAUGGUACAAAUACGAUUCCAUUUAGCUACGUUAAUGAUGAUUAUUGCGAUUGCUUCGAUGGAAGUGAUGAACCUGGUACAUCGGCGUGUCUUAAUAGUGUUUUUCACUGCACAAAUGCAGGCCAUCGACCGCAAAAUAUUCCAAGUUCAAGAGUGAAUGAUGGAAUUUGUGACUGUUGUGAUGGAACUGAUGAGUAUACUGCACCCGACACGUGUUCUAACACUUGUGACGAGCUCGGGCGCGAAGCAAGGGCUCAAGCUCAACAAUUAGCUGAACUGCAUAAAGCAGGUAACUCUCUGAGAUUACAACUAAUCGAAAGGGGUAAUAUAAAACGCAGUGAAAUGGGAGAACAAUUAUCUCAAUUAGAAAAAGAUAAAAUAGAAGCUUUAAAAAUUAAAGAAGAGAAAGAAGCCUUAAAAAGUGAUAUAGAGGCAAAAGAAAAUGAAGCACUUAAAGUUUACAGAGAAGCUGAGGAAAAAGAAAAAGAAAGAAAAGCUGAGUUAGAAAAAGAAGAGCUUCUUAAAGAAGCAACGGAGCAAUUCAAUAAGUAUGAUUCUGAUAAAGAUGGCCUUCUCAGUGUUAAUGAAAUAAGAGUUGUUAAUGUAUUUGAUAAAAAUAAGGAUGGAGAGGUGGAUCAAGAAGAGAUUCAGUACUUCUUUGGAGACAAUGAAAAUGUUGAUAAAGAUACAUUUGUGUCAUCUGUAUGGUCUUUAUUGAAACCAUUGUUAAUGAUGGAAGAUGGUAUGUUCCGUCCAGAACAAGAUGAUCAAGAAGAGCAUGAUGAGGAGCUUCCUCAUGAAGAAGAACAACAUGAACAAGAUCAAGAAGGUGAAGAAGAAACUGAAGACAUUGAACAGCAUGACCUUAACAUUGAUGAUCAAAUUAAUGAUGAAGCUAAGACUUAUGAUGACGAAACAAAGAGAUUAAUGGAUGAAGCAUCAGAAGCUCGUAGACUAUAUAAUGAUGCUGAGCGUGCUGUCAGAGAGAUAGAAUCCAAUAUAAGAACAAUUCAACAAAACUUAGAGAAGGAUUAUGGUUUAAAUCAGGAAUAUGCAACAAUGGAUGGAGAAUGUCUUGAAUAUGAAGACAAAGAGUAUGUAUACAGGCUUUGUUUGUUUGAUAGAGUUACACAAAAGUCAAGAAAUGGUGGUGGGGAAGUUGGAUUAGGGAACUGGGGAGAAUGGGGAGGAGAUGGUGACAACAAAUAUUCUAUUAUGAAAUACACCAAUGGAGUAACAUGCUGGAAUGGCCCAGCCCGAACAACAACUGUUCAUAUCACCUGUGGCUUAGAAACAAAAUUAACAUCUGUAACUGAGCCUUAUCGCUGUGAAUAUAAAAUAGAGUUAACUUCCCCAGCCGCAUGUGAUGACACCCACUUCAUACAGCAACAACAAAAGAAGGAAUCGCAUGAUGAGUUGUAAAAUUCUUUCCUAGAUGAUGUUUUUCAGGGUGAUAUCAUGUUAAUUUAAGAUCAAUCGUUCUUGUUUUCUUGUUUCCAAUAAGGCAAAGUGAUACAUGCAGCCCAGUUGCAUUUUGUUUAUAUAUUCCAGUUAUUUAUUGCUACAGAUAAUGUUUUUAUGAGAUUUCUGAGACCUAUUUGAUUUAUAGGCCAUCUCGUUUUUCAAAGUUUACAAACAGCUUAUUUUUUUAAAACAUUUCAUGAUAAAAUAAAAUUUCACUGUUUUAAGUUUUGCAUUUCAUUUUCAAGUAUACUUUUUAAUAAUUAUUAUAAUAUCAAGACUGAGUUACUAACAUUUUUGGUGAUAAAAUAUGAAGAAGGCAGACAAGAAAAUAUGCAUCUAUAGUAUUAUAUAUUGCUUAAACUUUAUAUAUAAUAUGUCUGAAUUCAGAAAUAUAUUGUAACAACAAUGUCUAAUGCUGCCAAUAUUCUAUUUUUCACAUUCCUUGAUAUAAGGCUGUAUUAGGCAAUUUAGUUGUAGAAAAUUGAAGUGAACAAAAGCUGUAAAUUUAGUGAUCAAUAAAUUAAUUUUAAAUUAUA